CACGGCAGAAGAAGAAACUGGUCCGAUUGGCAACAGCCACCGCUAUUCGAGUGCGUGCGCACCUGGCGACAUGCAAGAAUUUUGAGUUGGUGUGGUUGGAUGUCCCCUCUCGUGAUUGGCAGCAACAGAAUAGAAUGUAGGACAAAAAAGGCUCAUCGUCAUCACGCUAGCAGUGGAGAUGGGGGAAGGCUCGUUACACGUCUUGCUGUCAGAGGCUGGUGA